CUCACAGCUGCGGUGAGAUGUUCACAGACUGUAGGACACGUCGCCGCUCCCUCCGACCCGAGAAGAAGAAGCCGAGAAUGGACCUACAAACAGCCUCUUUCUGGUGGAUUAUCGUCCUCAUCUCAGUCUCCACACUCACAGAAAGCAGAUUAACACAUCCCCACACCCCGCAGAGGACUCGUGGGGGCAUCCACCCUCAGUUAUCCGCCGCUGAACAGCAGCAGAGCGCGCCACCUGUCCGGCGUGUGGUGGUCCGCUGCCACCCGGACUCCAUGGAGGUGGUGGUGCAGGCGGACAUGUUUGACAGCGGCCUUCAGGUGGACGGCAGACACCUGCGGCUGGGCUCGGACUCUGUGACUGUGGGGGGUGCAUGUGGAGCAGUCCCGUCAGGAGAGGAGGAGUUCACCAUCCGGGUCCAGCUGAACAACUGUGGCACCAAACUCUUUUCGACAGAAGAGAAGAUCAUCUACUCUAAUGUUCUGGUCUACUCACCUGAGCCAUCGUCUGAGGGUUUGCUCCGGCUGGAUUGGACAACUAUUCCAGUCGAAUGUCACUAUGAGAAGAGGUACGCUGUGGAUGUCAUUACCCUGAGCCCCGCCUGGGUUCAGUCCGUUUCCACGGUCUCAGCAGAGGAUCACAUAGACUUCAAUCUGCUACUUAUGACCGAUGAUUGGCAAUACCAGAGGGGCUCGUAUUCUUACUUCCUGGGUGACCCCGUUCAUUUUGAAGUGUCUGUUGUCACCGGGCACCACGCGCCCCUGCGAGUCUAUGUUGACCGCUGUGUUGCCACGGCAACCCCCGAUGCUGAGGCUACAUUAAGAUAUGACUUUAUUGAGCACCACGGUUGUCUCGUCGACGCCUACCUGACAAACUCCCGCUCCCGUUUCCUACCGAGACUUGCGGAGCACCAGCUGAGGUUUCAGCUUGAUGCCUUCAGGUUCUACCAAGAGCCCAGCAAUCAGGUCUACAUAACCUGUCAUGUGAAGGCCGUUCUGGUCGCGUUAACCGUCAACUCUCAGAACAGGGCUUGCUCUUUAAUGGAGAACAGAUGGAGGUCAGUUGAUGGGAACGACCAGGCAUGUAGAAGCUGUGAUGUGUCCCAUCGCGUUGAAGAGCCUCCGUCCACAGACACUCCUAAAACUACCGUCGGCACAGAAGCAAGGCAGCCCGCGAUGCAACAGGAGAGUUUACUUCAGAGCAGACCUGCCAAUUUUGUCCGUGUUCGUCCAGAAAAACUUCAGCAGUCUUCUGCUGGACUGAUGAAGAAGAGAGACGCAGAGGACAAAGCAGAGCAAGCCAUCCAACUGGGACCCAUUACGGUCCUGCCAUCCAGGAAGACUGACAAGGCAACAGCAUCCAAAACAGCACUUUCGCUGUGAACACCUGAGACUCAUGAGGAUGGGGAGGGGAAAACAGAUUUCAUUGCAGCCAUGUCCAAAACAAAGAACCAACGACCCCUGUGAUCGCAGAGGUUAAUCUCAUCAUUCAAAAUACCUUAAAGUAAAUAUCUUACUUUACUCCCACAACCCCCUGAAAACGUUUUAAUUUUCUUUGUUACACUCUUAUUUUCCAAUAAAUAUUUUACACCAACAA